AUGUCGGCUGAUAUUGAGGAUAUGGUCCUCAAAUGUAAUACAUGUCUAGAAAGGCGUUAUGACAACCCUAGGGAACCCCUGAAAUCCCAUAGUAUUCCAGAGCAGCCCUGGCAGGUGCUUGCUUCUGACCUAUUUAGCUGGCAUGGCCAAGACUUCGUGCUGGUAGUUGACUACUACAGCAGAUAUUUUGAGGUCAACAGACUCGAGGAUACACGCUCAAACACUGUUAUUCUUAAACUUAAGAAAACCUUUUCGCAUCAUGGUAUCCCAGAGAAACUAAUUACAGACAAUGGCCCACAAUAUUCGAGUGGGGAAUUCAGAGAGUUUAGCAAGCAGUAUGGAUUCGUACAUGAGACUUCAAGUCCACAUCACCCCCAAUCUAAUGGGCUUGCCGAGAAAACGGUACAAACCAUUAAACAUAUAUUCUCAAAAUCUCAGGCGAGUCGUACAGAUCCCUAUCUGGGCAUUCUUGAGUAUCUAAAUACACCUUUAGAAACCGACUUGUCUCCAGCUCAACUUCUGAUGAGCAGGAGAUUGCGCUCCAUCUUACCGUCGACGCUGGCUCAGUUACAACCAAAUGUGGCUAAUCAUGAGAAAUUCCGCAAACAGUUGUCUGAAAACCGUGACAAGCAAGCGAAAUACUAUUCAUCUAUCGCAGAGCCGCUCAAACCCUUACAAGCCGGUGAAACAGUGCGUCUUAGGCGUGAUGGCAUAUGGACACCUGCUACCAUUACGCAGAUACACAAUCCUCGCUCAUACCAGGUUCAAACACCUGACGGACGUGAAUACCGACGUAACCGCCGUCAAUUGCUUAAAACGGGGGAGAAUUCUGUUGAAAAUGUUGAUCCAUGUCUUGCACUUGCCACACCUAACAACCACCAAUUUGUCCAUAUUAGAGAAAGCGAGAUAAAAAACUCACUGCCGCCUACGAUUCACUCAGCCACCCCACGUCCAACCCUGACAACUCAAAAAACUCAACCCAUAUCACAAUCGAUGCCUGAGUCUGACCACAACUCUCAUUUGUACACUACCCGAUCUGGACGUGUGAUCAAACCACCAAAUAUCAUGAACCUUUGA